UCAACAUGUUUAUAUUAUUGUGGUUCGACCCGAAUUGGCUACACUAAUAAGUAAACAGCUUUCUUUAGAGGAUCUAUUGAGAGUUCUAACCUGUGACUUUGGUGAGAAGUGCUGUAAUCGCAACUAUGGAAUCUGCUUUGUGCCUCAACAUGCCGAUGCAGAUACAGAUGAAUUUAAAGCCACUCUUCAAACCUCUCAACCGUCAAUUCGCCACGUGGACGAUUCAAUCAGCAGCGAAACAGAAGCCAUCACUCGUCUUCCGCUUCAACCACUCGUCUCUGCUGCCUCCUCUACGCUGCGUUUCCAGCUCAGCUGGUGGUGGUGACAUUCCCUCCGAUGCUAUUGUUCUCAACGUUGAGGGUAUGAUGUGCGACGGCUGCGCCAAUAACGUCAGGAAGCUUCUAGAAAGUCGACCACAAGUGUCAUCUGCUACUGUGAAUCUAACCGCCGCUAAAGCAGUAGUGUCUGCCGUAUCCGAAGAAAAAGGUUCCCCCAACUGGCAGAAGCAAUUAGGAGAAGCACUUGCUCAGCAUUUAACUAACUGCGGUUUCAAUUCUACCUUUCAAGGCGAGUGAUGCUAUCAAGAAUUGUAUGGACUCGAUUCAUGUGAAGUUAGCUGUGUUCAUGUAUUAGUCUUCUUUAACAGAGCAACCUGAAUUGGGAUGGCUAUUGUUCUUGUAUACGUGGGAAAUUAAAAAAUUGUGAUGUGUUAAUUUCUUUCAUCCAUAUGUUGAUCAAGCAAAAUAUAUUUUCAUGAAAGUACAA